CAGGAUGAGGCUUCAACCUAUACGGGAAUUUUUCCUAGUAGUUGCUCACGGCUGAAUCUGCGUGUCAGAGAGGAUGACAGCGCAGCCUGCAUCCAAGCAGGGUUUUCAGAAGCAGCAAGCAGGAAUCUGUUGGGAGGGAAAAAGUCUGUCUGCGCAGCCCUGAGCACCGAAGAAGCUUUACUUACUUUCAUUGCCAGUGGAGUUGCUAUAACUUUGCAGAAAGUGUGAGGAGCUGAGAAAUUACCUUUGAUUUUUCAGAAGAUUUUCAAGCUCACGAGUUCAUCUUCAGUGAAAGAGAAGACUCUUCGAAGAGACCUUCGGCUGAUCAUCGUUCGUGAUAACGAGGAGCUCUUUUCAGUCAUUCCCUCUUCUGUGAAAAAUGUCUGAACAGCAGCAUCGAGGCACCUCAGCAGCUUUGUCACAUGGACGUUGACACCGAACAGCUGUUGCAUUUACCAUCUUUUCUCAGAACGAAGCUGGAAUAUUGAGGAGCUAGAGCCUACUGCACAAUGAUGCUGACCGGUCUGUUUGCAUCGAAGUGCUUUGUACUUAGCAACUGAUGAGGAUGCGAGACAGUGUGAUGACCUACCUGUAUUUGGCAAAUGUGUUUUUCACCUCGUUGGAGAGAAGAGCACAGAGGGAAAAAGUCAGCGAGAGAGAACAGGAGAGGGGAAGAGAAAGCCAACAAGGGAAAGUGUGAGGCAACAGUUAAAGGGAAGAUCUACAGAGCCAACUCUGCCAAACUGAAGACGAAGUCAAAGAAAAACAACCUAUCAAAGACUUGGCCACAUGCCCGUUUAAUGCUGGAGCAUUGUGUUCGUUCGGAGCGAUACAGGGUAACUGCUGAAUCCACAUGAGGCUACAAAGAGAUAUUUUCCAACAGUAACACAGCUCUGCAACAAAGCAUAAUGGAUGCUUCAAACAGUACUUUUGGCAACACUUCACAUGUCUCCCCUGCUCCUCACAGCCUUUGGGAGGCUAUAGCCAUCGCCACGGUGUCGGCCAUUGUCAGCCUGAUAACAAUAGUUGGUAAUGUGCUAGUUAUGCUGUCCUUCAAAGUAAACAGUCAACUUAAAACUGUAAACAACUACUACCUACUGAGUCUGGCCUUUGCGGACCUCAUCAUAGGAGUUUUAUCCAUGAACCUGUAUACCACAUAUAUACUAAUGGGUUACUGGUCCCUGGGGAACCUUGCAUGUGACCUCUGGCUAGCAGUAGAUUAUGUAGCCAGCAAUGCUUCAGUUAUGAACUUACUUGUUAUCAGUUUUGACAGAUACUUCUCCAUUACAAGGCCACUGACGUAUAGGGCAAAGAGGACUCCAAAGAGGGCUGCCAUUAUGAUAGGUCUGGCAUGGUUGGUGUCAUUUGUCCUUUGGGCUCCACCCAUUCUGUGCUGGCAGUACUUUGUAGGAGAGAGAACAGUGCAAAUGAACCAGUGCCAAAUCCAGUUUUUAACACAGCCCGUCAUCACAUUUGGGACAGCCAUUGCUGCGUUCUACAUCCCAGUCUCUAUUAUGACCAUUCUUUACUGCAGGAUUUACAAAGAGACGCAAAAACGGACAAAAGAUCUAGCAGAGCUGCAAGGGCUCACAAAGGAACAUGUUCCAGAGGGGGCUAAACCACAGAAAACUAUUAUUCGUUCUUGUUUUCAUUUCACCCGAGAGCCAAGAGACCAGAGUCAGGCCUCCUGGUCCUCAUCUAAUCAAAGUAAUGCCACAAAAACUACCACAAGGUCAGACGAGGCAUGGGCGAAAGCAGACCAGAUCACGUCUUUUAAUAGCUACACGUCCUCAGAAGAAGAGGAACAACACGUUUCAAUAGAAACCCCGCAAGGAUCUUUCAAAGAGCCAGGAAGUGGAGAAACUAAUAAAAAUGGACAGGUGACUGAUUAUGCAGAAGAUGAGUAUUUUUCCACACCUCAAAAAAAGAACAGCAAAAAGUGCAUCUCAUAUAGGUUUAAACUUGGCUCAAAGGGUAAAAACGGCAAUCCUAUGAGCGCAACAUCAUGCCCCCCCGAAGCAGAGCUGCCCACCAAAAAUGCCUCCCCCUCCUCAUCCUCCACCACCUCCAAACCCAUGGACACUGCCCUGAAGAACCAGAUUACUAAGAGAAAGAGGAUGGUGCUGGUGAAGGAGAAAAAAGCAGCCCAGACUCUUAGCGCCAUCCUCCUGGCUUUCAUCCUGACAUGGACGCCAUACAACAUCAUGGUGCUUAUCUCUACUUUCUGUUCCGAAUGCAUCCCAACAUCCCUGUGGCACCUGGGCUACUGGCUGUGCUACGUCAACAGCACCAUCAACCCGAUGUGCUACGCUCUCUGCAACAAGACCUUCCAGAAGACGUUCCGCAUGCUUCUGCUGUGUCAGUGGAGGAAGAGGAGGAGAGGUGAGGAUAAGCUAUACUGGGGUGGACAAAACCCAAAUGUCAACAAUAAAAUGACUUAAUGUGUCCCUGCAAUAUUACACCAAACUUACUUUUGUCCACGUUGUUGGAUUUUCUUGACAUAUACAGUAGUCAGUGGUCUUCUUCAGCAUGAAGUGCCAGAUGUGAUUUUCGUGUUAAAAUACAUGCUGGUUUAAAAUGAGCUGAGCCUGAUGAAGCGCCUAAACGUCUGCUGUUAUAGGAAAGAAAGGUGUCACAGAAAGGUGUCUGCACAUUCUCACAUAAUUAAAGGUUAACGAACAGGUUCAGAUGUUUUCUAGUCUGUCUUGAAGUGAUAUACCACUGGUUCUACACAUUGAAGUCUGAUUACAGACCUACAGAUUGCAUGGCUGCUGAGGGAGCAGCGUGAAGUAGGGGUGUCCGUGAUGUUUAAAAAAUGAAAUAUCAACAUUGUGUUAAUAAUGCAUGUAUGAUAAUCAUAAAUAAUUGUGUAUUUGUUCUUUUUGUAUGCUUUUGUAUAGUUAUAUGGCUUUAGACUCUAUUGCCACCUGAAUGCAUUUGUGAGGUUAAUUAAUGUAAAAAAGACACAAUAAAAAAAGUUAUAGAUUAAUUUGACUGAUAGAAUUAUUGCUAUUUUUUUUAAUAGAUAUUGUGAUAAUAGCAAUAUUGUGAAUCUUUGUUUUGGUUUUAUUUGGUCACAAUAAUCAUGCAAAAACGUGAUAUCAUGACAGCCCUAGUAUGAAGUCUGAUAAACCACCUCGUGCUACAUCAUAUCACUUGAGUCAGUGUCCGUUUUAGAUGUCUAAGGGGUGUUGAGUUUAGAAACAAGUUAUCUUAUCAAACUUCUGUAGGCUAAUGGCUGUGUGACAUGGACACAAAUCUGUGACAAAACUGUUUUUGGUUAAGUUGUAUGGUGGCUUAAUACAGGCACUAGAUUGUUUUGUUUUUGUUACAAGAAUAGGAAAGUCAGCAAUGACAUAUAUCUCUCUUUCAACUCCUGUUUUUAAUAGUUAAUAACGAGUUACUGGAGCACACAUUUAAAUAUUUGUAAUAUACUUACACGCCCAUAUCCUUCCUCUCCAUAUGGGCAAUACUGCUAUCCCUUUGCAACUGAGAUGUAAAUGCACUCAGACACUAAAAUAUAUGGUACAUAACAUAUAUUAUGACUAAACAGUCAACACUUUUAUUGCAAGAAAAAAGUGACAUUUACAUAAGGCAAAAACCCCCAAAAAGUACAGAAAGAAAUAAAUCUGGUGUAAAGGUUGUUAUGGCUUUAUGUAACGGGUCUCAGACACUUUGUCUUUUAUCAAGUCACUUCUUUCUGACCUACAUCAGAAAGGUGAGGUGCUUUUAUGCGUGUUUAUUAAUGCCUUUGUCCAGUCUGAUUUUGUUGAAGUGUAGAAACUGCUUGCUCAGCUCAUACUAACUUUACUUUCCAUGGUUAUUAAAAAGAAUUAAGAAACAUUGUUAACUAGAAAGAUGUUCGUAACACAGACAUUCUCAAAACCUGCUCUCGGUACGCUGCACUGAUAUCUCUUGUACACAAUUUUUUUGAUUUGUCUUGUUCUCUGUUUUCAGUACCUGUGGACAGGCAGGAAAUCAUUAAUGAAUUGCAAAAAAUAGCAAAAUGUGUCUUUUUUUUCUGACAAUGUAAGAAUGAAAAACAAAAUUUGGUCAAUAUUUAUUUUUUAUAUCAAUUUUCAUCCUUUGAGACAAUUAACACUAUAAAAGUCUGAUGUCUGUAGUUCCCCCAAUAUCGGUUUGUUUAUUUAACGGCGAAACAUGCGUUUACUUUACAUUUUUAAGGAAUUUGUAAAAAGUGAUGCCAGGUAUUCUAUUACACUGUUAAACACCAUACUGAAAACAAUUUUAGGCUAAGGACUCAAUUGUUCACAGCCUCAUUUGAAGACAUUAUAAUUCCAAACCCAGCUAUAUUGCCCUUUAUCAUCCGUUUACAUAGCAGCUUCAAGUACUGGACUUCUAACCUGUUUUCCAUUUGCAUCUAUAUUGUGAUCCUCUGUGACCUGCUUAUUACAUGUUUAUAUAGUAAACAGAGAGUAAAGCGCUUAGUUCUGCUAACCUCACCAGGAUUACAAUCAUUUUCAAUAUAGCUAAUUUACAAGAUAAUAAAUAAGCUGUGUUUAUAAUUUACACAUGAACUGUAACUUUUGCAAGGGGACACCUGCAAAAUAAAUAAAAUAAAAUUCCUCCUUCUCUUGAGAUUGUGGAGCAAUGGUAACCAUCUCCAAAAUGGGUUAUUUUGUGUUGAAAAAAGUUGAACUUCCAACUCCAGGAAUGUGGACUGUCAUUAUGUUUUAAAGUCUUGUACUGCACUGCCAUUUAAAUAUUAUAACUAUUUAAAUGGCACUGCCAUUUAAAUAGUUAUUUUUUUGUCCCCUUUUUAACACCAUGUAUUUGUUUGCAUUUGGGGACAUUUGCAGAAGUACCUUGAAAUAGCUGUCAGUGGCUGCAAAGCAGCAACUACAACUGGUUCGCUGGUUAAGAAACCAAAUAAAAAUUAAAAAUCAAACAUGAUAAUAAAAUAGUAUUCUUUCCAAACCAGUGGCCCAAGUAACAACCACCACCCCACCUUCAAUGGCAAGCCUGAUUACAGGGGUUGUAACAAUCUUUUUUAGUAAAAUAUCCUGGAGUCAAAAUCUCUGAUCCUAUCCUUUUAACCUCAUAUAAUUCAUAAUUCUCCUUUAUUCUCUUACACUGUAUAUAAAUGACAUAGCAUAAGCUCACAUAUUUCAAAACAAAGCUGUAACAGGAAUAACAUAUUUCACAGACCGUGUCGGAUUUUACACUUCACAAAUGGUGAAUGUAAAUCGUUUACAGUAUAUUAUUGUUCAGUGAAUGUCUUUUCCUCUGUUUUCUAUCUUCUUGAUAUUUGAUCAUGUGUAUAAGGGCUAAUCGGUACAUUUAUGUGCAUUUACAGUUGCAUUAGUUUAACACUAGUAAUAUGAGAUUAAGAUUGUUAUGGACACCUCUUGUCUUCUUUUUGCUGUAAAAAGAUGAGUGAUGUUGUAAAUUAUUUCACUUUUUUGUCUAUUAUGAUGUAAUGUUAAAUGUAUCUUUCUGAUCUGAACUCUGUGCCUUUUGUUCUGCUCAUAGUGGCAAAAAUUCCUUUGUGAAGGAGCUUGUGCUUACUGUCUGUCUGCACUUCUGUAAGUGUCUUUGUGUAAUAAUAUACACAGUAAAAUACAAACUUCAAGGCAAACAUUUAAUGACCAACAGACAAGUUGAAGACUAUUUCAUUUGUCAAUAAUUCUUCUUUGAGAGGUGAGGCAAAUCGUUACCGUCCUCCAAUGGUUGACUGACUAGCCGAAUGUGCCAUGUACCAACGACAUGACUCUAAACAAAUCCCAGACGUCACCGGAGAUUUUACUGGUCCCAAGAGUCCAGGUCAGCACAGUUGUUCUGCACUGAAAGUUUCUUUGCUCUAAUGCAACACCACAUGAGAAGAACAAAGCCAUUAAUUAACUGAUCUCAUUAACAGGAAUCGGCAUUUUCACAGUCUGAUAAAGCUCAGUUGACCUGUGAUGUCACUGAAACACUAAAAAACUAUUUCACUGGAGAACUCACCUUUGUGUUUAUGGAAGCUUGUUUCCACCACUGGAAAAAAACAACAACAUUUUUUGCCCCCCCCAAGUCAAAAUAUUAGAUCAUUGUUUGAAAAUUUUGAGUUCAGUAACUUACUAACUCAAACUUCCAAAAUAAAUAUGUCAGAAUUCAGAAAAAAAUAUGAAACUUUAGUUAAAAUUUUGAGAUAACCCCAAAUUUUAAAUUAUGGGUGGCAUUUUUUUCCUUCCCCAUCCAGUGGCAGAAAUAUGCUUGUAGAUGUGCUGAAUGAACUCUGGUAAUGUAGUUUCUCUUUAAUCUCAAAUACACAAUGCAACCGUGAAACACCAAAAUGCAGCUGAAAAUAGUCUUCAGUUAAUAUUUGUACCCAUUUGGUAAAAAUGAGUUUUUAGCAGUUUAGCUCUAGCUUUUAAAUAAAACAUUUAGAGUCAAAAUAAGCACUAAAUUGCUUUGGACUAAGAGCCACAGUCAUGAUCGAAACUUUGAAAAGUAUUAGGGAAAACAACAAGCGUUCUUUUAUUUUGAUGCUUUCACUUAACUCAUUUAGCAUGAGUAAUCUACAGGACACUGCCAUGCGCAUUCUUCACACAGCAACUCAUUCUUAACCUUGGAAAAAGGCGAUUUGAUGAAAACUACUCAUUUUAAAUUGUGUCACACCAUCACCAUUUACCUGUGGACGGGGCAUCACUGGAAAAAGAUGCAACUGCAUGCAAGUUGACCUAAUUCACGACAUGUUUUGUCUACUCUGUGCUUGAGAGAUAACUUUUAGAUUAUAUGUAUAUUCACUACUUCUCACCAAAACACAUUCUGUGCAUCAUAAACAUCUGAUCUGACUUUAAAGCAUUUUUCGAGCCCUGUGGUUAUUAUUGACAGUGAUUGUGCCCAGCGGGCCCUCGUGCAUAACACUAAGACUCAAAAGCUUAAGCAGUUAAUUGGAACUCAGCCAGCAAACUUGUUUUUAUUUUGCUUGUAUUGACCCACAUGCUUCUCCUACCUUGAUGGGCCAGAAUGUUUUCCCCUGAAAAAGGGAAGACAAGGUGAUUCAUCUUUUUUGCGUUACCACUGCCAAGCACUGAUCGGUGAAACAGCGGGAAUAUACAGUAAAUAUAAUCUUGCAUAGAUGCAUAUGAUGCAAACAAAACAAAAACCCACUCUUUCUUACUUCUGGGUAACUUUGAAGCCAAAAUCAAAACCAUAGCAACAACGGAGCUUUUGUGCCAAAAGGACUAUCUCCUCAACAAACAGAUAAAUGCUGAUGAUGAACAUAUAUGGCUCAAAGUUCAGGAGAAAGCCAGUGACUCAACCUUGAGCUGAGCUUAUUUUGUCAGUCUCUAUAUUUAAUAACAUUACUCAUUAUUGUUUCACUUUAAAACACGUCCUGUCAGCCUGUGCUAACACAUUCUACAAUAAUGAUUUUAACUAUGGACUUUAAUGUCUAUUUUAUUACAAAGUAAAACCAGUUACACUUUGUAGAGCUUUUAAAAAGCAACCAUACAAUUCUCUCUUUGUACUUCCAGUGAUUAUCGUUUUAAUUUUUACACCUCAGGCACAUAAUGUACAGCGUGUGAAUUCUAACCAUACAGUUCACCACAAUAAUUCAUAAAAUGAGAAAGUCACGUGUUCACUCAAAGAAAUGAAUGGUGUGAAAUAAAAACACAGCUGUCAUAUACCAUAGCAAUUUAUUUAUCUAGGUUUUUAAAUAAGAAUUUAUCUGUCUUAAAAUUCAAUUUCUCUUCAUUCACAGUCGUAUUACUGAAGUUAUUUAAACAAGAAAAUCUCUGAAUUGUGUAUAUAUGCUCUCUCUUUCAGGUAGUGGAAGUAGCAGCAGUGGAAAAUAUACAAUGGAGGUUUUAGCACAGAAAAGACUGAUGAGUAGUAGGGUCACCUGUAGAAAGUAUCGCGCAAAUUAAGAAUAACAGCUUUCGCAACAAAUGUUAUCAGUGCAGUAUGGGGGGGGGAAAAAAAAAAAA